AUGAAUCCGCUUCAUACCGAGUACCUUCAACCUCUGGCCCAGCUGGCGAUCCUUGCGUUGUUUCGAGGGUUCGGGGAGGGACUGGUCCUGUGGAUCUGGAUCCACGCUUCGUGCUCUGUGGCUUUCCUCAUCAUCUCGCUUACGGCAGCGCACCAUCACGAGGAUAUAUUCCACGAUGGGGACCGGCCGUCCCCCGAUCGGGAUUGGGGAGUGGGACAGCUGCAGGCCAUCGGGGAUAGGACGGAAGUGAUGGGGAUUCCUUGGCUCGCGGGCAUCACCUUCGGAGAUCACAUUCUUCAUCACCUCUUCCCUACGGUGGAUGCUUUUCGCCUUCCAGCAUUAUAUCCCGUCUUGAAGGAGACGUGUCGGGAGUUCCAUGUUCAGUUCAACCGGUUCACCUACCCUGAGAUGGUGAUGGGAAUGUAUCGUCAGACGUGUCGCACUUACCUUCUAGUUUAUUCAUCGCCGCAAAAAUGA